AUGAACAUAUGCCGUCGCUCGCUACAGUGGACCUUCUGGGGAUUGACGAGCGUUAGCCUUGCGCAUAGUGUCGCCACCCCUCCCUUGCCACAGUCUUUCUUUUUUGAUUGGAAUGCACUUGGUCAACCAUACCCCAUCCCAGUCACAGCCCAAUGCGAGAGUAUCCACAUCGUUUGGCAGCGAAGUACCGCAACGGGUCCGAAUAACGUUGCUCCCUACUACCUUCAAGUCUAUACAUCGAUUUACAUCGUUCCGAUCAUCAUCCCCGUCGGUAGUGGCUUGGUUUUUGACUGGGCUGUCCCAUUUCCUCCGGGUACCCUCUACCAAAUAUGCAUGUUUGACAAAAACGGAAACACUGGAGGGUGUCAAGCAACGUAUUCAGUCAUUCCGGCUACCACAACACCUACUUGUGCAAGUGUUACAUUUCCUCCCCUCCUUUCCGUCAACGCCCAAGUCGAUAACGGCCCAAUGUCGCAGUACGGCUGGAUCGAUCAAUGCAGUGAUAUUUCAAUUACUCCGAAGAAUGGGACUCCUCCCUAUACCCUUACAAUUGCUCCUGCUCUUCAUCCUCCAUACAAUAUCACGAGUCCUGAUAUGAGAGGCAUCAAUUGGACGGUUGGCUUGUCAUGGGCAACGCCAUUCUUUCUGAGUGUUGUUGAUUCAGCUGGUAAUAUGUGGGCCAAUGGGCUCCUUCAUAGUGGUGCCGGGACGACUUCGGCGUGUCUUGCUGAUAAUCCGACUCGCAUUUUGUCCAAUGACACAGUGAAGCCCGCCGUUGUCGUCGGUGCUGGUUUCGGCGGACUGGGUGUUGGACUUUUUGCCGGAAUACUGAUAGCUUUCCUAUUCCUAAGGCGGCACUACAGGGGCAGGCGUCGCGAACGAUAUGCGGAUAUGGCCAGUUCCAUAGCAGGCUCUCCCCAGGUCACGGCAUUUGGUCUUCCCACUACCGAAGCCUCUUUGCAGUACAGGCCUGUGCCUUCGACAGCUUUUGGAGGCCUUAUGGACAAUUCAAUGGGAAGCAGCAACCCAUCGUCUUUGGGUCAUACCAUGGGUCGUGUAGGUUCAACGCCUUACCAUGUUGAACCCUUCGUAAUGCCUGGAGAAGAUGGUCGUCUUAUUCACGAACCUCUUUCUCCCAUUCCCUUUGCCCCCACUCAUGCAUCCACUGCACACGAGCCUGCAUAUGGCAGUUCUUCCCAUCGAUCACAAAAUCAAAUUUACGUCGUCCACCAUGAUAGUCAGGCACCGCCUGUUACCAUUUAUCACGAAGAUGGCACACAAAUUGUUGAAUUACCACCCAGAUAUCCAACCGGGGCUUCUUCGUCGAGUCAAAGCGAAGGAUUGAGUGACGCCCGUAGUGUAGGACGCAGUGCAAGUGUUAACAGGAGCGACGGAGGCCGAACAAACGCAACGGAACCACCAACAUUUCUUCAGGAACAAAGACGACCAACUGUGGCUAGAAAACCAGCUCAGGAAACUGGACAUUCGAGCAAUUCAGCUACAUGA